AUGAAAGGAUCGUACGUCUCUGUCGAACGUCUGGUGCGCAAUGAUAUAGAGGAGGGCGAGCUUGCUAUUCUACUCGAAAAGGGCCAUAUAGCCUGCUUGGAGCCUUCCCCAGAUGUGUCCCCUAGUCUUCUUCGCCAGACUGUUACACCCAGAACUCUGGCAAAAGCCAACGCCCAAUGGCGCCAGAUUACGAAGAAGGAAAACUAUGGUGAGGCACAUUUAAAAUGGGCCUUGAAGCGUUCACGUGAACAGUGUGGAAAGCUAGGAGCGAAAUAUCCCCAUGAGUGCUAUUUGAGCUGA